GGAAGGACUAUUUUGUUGCUGGAUUCCUAGUUUUAAGUUCUUCGCCUGAACACGCAAAAAACAAUACACGCGGUUAUUUACUCAGUUUUAUAUAGAAUUAAGACUUAUUGAGAAUAAAGACACAACGCUUUAAGAAAUGUUUUAUCACAUCUCUUUGGAGCAUGAGAUUCUCCUCCACCCAAGAUACUUUGGACCAAACCUUCUGAACACGGUCAAACAGAAACUGUUCACUGAGGUGGAGGGUACAUGCACGGGAAAGUAUGGCUUUGUCAUUGCAGUAACCACGAUCGAUAAUAUUGGAGCCGGUGUGAUACAGCCUGGCAGAGGUUUUGUUCUGUACCCUGUCAAAUACAAAGCUAUUGUAUUCCGUCCCUUCAAGGGAGAGGUGGUUGACGCUGUUGUCACUCAGGUUAACAAAGUUGGACUCUUUACAGAAAUUGGCCCCAUGUCCUGUUUCAUCUCUCGACAUUCCAUUCCCUCUGAGAUGGAGUUUGACCCUAACUCAAAUCCUCCCUGCUAUAAGACAGUUGAUGAGGACAUUGUGAUCCAACAAGAUGAUGAAAUACGACUAAAGAUUGUGGGAACUCGAGUGGAUAAGAAUGAUAUUUUUGCCAUUGGAUCGCUUAUGGAUGACUACCUGGGUCUCGUCAGCUGAUUCUUCUGUCAAGGAUAUGGGAAAUAUGAAAGCUGUGGUGAUUCAUCAUAGUUGCUUAUCUAUAUACUGUAAUUACUUUCCCAUGAAGUAUCCUCUCAUGAUGCUGGCCUCUUUAUUCUCCAGUUGUCCCAUGGGAACACGUUUCUUGUGGAACAGAAUCAAAUAGAAGGGGAACAAUAUGUAGCUCAGCAGUGGAUCUACAUGUGGGAAAACUCUUGAAAAUGAACAGUUUAAUAGUGAGACAGCAAAGAAAACAGUAUAUAUCAGUAGGGCUUUCAGUUAUUAAAAGAUCCUGUGAGAAAAACCAGUUGACAAGGACAUUUUGGAAGGACAAUAUAAUGACUCGACAUAUUGCUUUUGGAGUUAUCAACAUCCUUGCUAUAUUAAAGUUUGCAUUUUUAAAAUA